AUGGACUGUAUGAUAUCACCCCAAAAUGCAUUUACAAUCGACCGGAUAUUACAAGCUGUUAGAACAUCCACAAUCCUGAUAGACACAACCAAGGAAAUAACAUUUCAACUGGUUUCUUCCGACAAGACUCUUGUUCUGAAUCUCGAUCUGAAGGAGACCUUUUUCGAAACCCUAAGCUCGAAGAACAGGCUCGCCCUGAUUCCAAGGCAGAAAUUCUAUAUAAAGAAGAUGAAGCUAUUGAAAAUAACUACCAAGGAAUAUAUAAUAACAUUUGAAUAUGUAUUUGACAAGUAUAUUUUAAGAAGAAGAGUAUUCUACAAUCCAUCAUCAUUUUUUUCGGUUGGGUUUAAGACAGACUACUCUGGAGAAGUCAGUCCAAGCAUUAUGAGGCUGGCCCUAAAGGAGAUCAGUGAUCAGCUGGUUACAUUGAAAAUAGAUAAUGGUCGUGGAGAAAUCUAUAAUGAAGAAACUAAAAUGGGAUUUCCACUAGAGUUCUCUGGAGAGUUUUCUGUGGAUCUUGUUGGAGGUAACCUGAGAAGUAUGCUCGAAGUUUCUGACUUGUUCGCCCGAACGAUCGUAAACUACGGAGCAUCCAAUCCAUCUAUUAACUUUAUCUUCCUUGGGAAUGAAAUCAGGGCUUCUUUCUUUGCAGCUAUAAACCAUAAUCCAAUCAAAAAAGAAAACCUAAGCUCCGGAGGGGCUUUUGGACGAUAG